AUGUGGCCACAAUCUGCGCACACUGUUACUCCCAAUCCUACCCCAACCCCCACAUCCCCACCCACGUUCUCCGACCCCCACGGUCAAAUACUGCAAAUAAAAAGGAAUGCUGGAGUCGACCAAACAAGGGCCACCCCACGGCACACACAUAAGCGCCCCCAAGCGCACCAUCAGCAACGGAGUGUGGGCAUGACCAGUGGCCAGCCCGCCAAACCUGCACAGGAAGACGCCUUGGGAUACGACCCAGGUGGGGGGAGUGGGGCCUCAGGGCCCGGCCACUUGUGGCAUGUGGUUCUUUCUUGA